AUGAGUGAACCUUUCAAGGCACUAGUGAAGAAUCACCAGGUGUUUGCUGUCCACCAAACUGAGACCAUGAAUUACUAUGCUAGAAUAACUUUAGAAAAGGGAAAGCUGUGCUUGUACACACUCCAGAAGCUGCCACUGCCCAUUGAUGCCCACACAAUCCAGCACGAAGAUGUUGUGAAAAUGCUGGACCAGUCCUCUGUCGUGACAUUUCUUGACCUUGGGUAUAAAAAGGUAAAAAACGCACGAGUUUACAUUCAGCUAAGACUCAAGUCUUCUAUGAGCAAAAUAUUUAAGAAUAUGUGUACAGGGCAUGAAGGUUACACCUUCUGCAACGCUAAACUUACAUCUGUGGUUGGAAAGGGUGAGCCAGGGGAGUACGUGGUUGGUGGAGAGUACACUGAUUGGGAUGGCUUUAUAAGCCAAGAACUGCCCAUGGACUUCGGUGGUUUUGCCUGCGAUACGCCCAGUGCAGGAGAUGUAUGGUACCUCCCUCGCACUGGUAUCCUGUUCCACAUCACCACCCGUGCUGGUGGGAAUACAGAUGGAAAAAUUUUUGGUAAGGUGGAAAGUGGCUUAGAUGUGGUGAAGGCAAUAGCCAAACUCAGGAAUGUCAGUAAAGUGACUGUAAUGAACUGUGGCAUUGUGCUGCCUUUGUAGUUGACUAUAUAAUGUCAAUAUAAUCAUGAUUCUUUGAAAAGCACUCUUCAUGAUUCAUGUCACUAUCAUUUGGUGAUUGUUAGUGGCACCUGGCAGUGUACUGCUCAUUAGUGACUCCUGGCAGUGUACUGCUCAUUAGUGACUACUGGCACUGUACUGCUUAUUAGAAACCUCUAGCAGUGUACUGCUUAUUAGUGACUCCUGCAGUGUAAUGCUCAUUAGUGACUGCUGGCAGUGUACAGCCCAUUGAGUGACUUCUGGCAGUGUAUUUUUGUUAGAUAAUCUACCAAUAUACACUUGUAUACUAAACUGUAUUUCACUUUGCCUCUCAGAUUAAAAGAUUUUGUGGUAUUAUAGUCUUA